AUGAAGGAACUUGGUCAACUCAAGCACUUCCUUGGUUUAGAGGUUGAUCGCACACAAGAAGGAAUAUUUCUCUGUCAACAGAAGUAUGCUAAAGAUUUGUUGAAGAGGUUCGGAAUGCUCGAAUGUAAGCUGAUUUCGAUGCUGAUGGAGCCAAAUGCAAAAAUGUGUGCACAUGAAGGAAAAGAUUUGGAAGAUGCGACGAUGUAUCGACAAUUGGUAGGUAGUCUGAUCUACUUAACCCUGACUCGACCUGACAUUUCUUAUGCAAUUGGUGUGAUGAGUCGGUACAUGCAAAAUCCAAAGAAGCCUCACUUGGAAGCAGUUCGACGAAUACUGAGAUAUGUGAAGAGUACAAUUGACUAUGAUCUUUUGUACAAGAAAGGUGAAGACUGCAAGUUAGUUGGUUAUUAUGAUGCAGACUUUGCAGGAGAUCAUGACACCAGAAGAUCGACCACUGGGUACGUCUUCAGAAUUGGUUCUGGAGUAGUUUCGUGGUGCAGCAAGAGACAACCAACGAUGUCUUUGUCAACCACAGAAGCAGAAUAUAGAGUAGCAGCAAUGACAGCUCAAGAGAAUGCAUGGCUGGUACAGUUGAUGGGUGAUCUACAUCAACUAGUACUAUCCAGUACCAUUGUACUAUGA